UCUCACCUGCAACCAAUUUAACGCCCAAACAUUACAUGGAUAUUGGGACUAUACGAACAAUGUACACGGAUAUUCUUGCAGAAUUUCGACUAAUCGUAGGAAGCAUUAUAUCUCUACCAUGCAAUGUAUGUCAGAAACCAAAGCUUCUGAUACCCCCACGCAUUCCUUUAUAAUCUUCAGACAACAGAGAUAGCCAACCUAUCGGACAAUUUGGCGAUUUUAUCCCCGUUUGCUACAGCCACGUGGAUCUCUCCUCAGAGAAGAUUCUCCAAAGCAUGCAGAAUAAUAUAUUUAUCUAUGCAAGAUGAAUCUAUAUCCUCGGACUUAUGCCUACUUGCAAACCGAUUUCCAAGCAUCUCAAAUAGUCAUCCAAACUGACGGUCUCACCACUUACAAUAGAAUAUGUGGGGUUUUCCGAAACGAGACAACAGGAACAAACACUCGGGUCUACGCCAAGUCACCUUCUGCACCGCUGGCUCACACGUGGCUUCGACUUCCCGUCAUGAACAAUGGGCAUCUCGAUCCGCCUUUCUGGUCAUCGCUUACAGUAUCCAUAAAGCUUUAG